ACUCCAAGAAUGCCAAAAGGAUCUCUGACACUUUGAUGGCCUUUCAGCCUAGAAAGGGGAAUUUCAGUGUAGCAGAUGGAGGGACCUGGGAAAGGCCACUGAAGAAGAGAAGGAUUCCCAAAACAAACUCUGCUAAAAGAAAUUAAGAAAUUAAGAUGAAUUGGUCUGGUUUGGAAGACCUCUUGGGGGGAGUGAACAAAUACUCCACAGCGUUUGGGCGUAUUUGGCUCUCUGUUGUCUUCAUCUUUCGGCUUCUAGUCUACUUAGUGGCAGCAGAGAAAGUCUGGGGAGAUGACAAUAAGGACUUUGACUGCAACACUGAGCAGCCAGGUUGUCCCAAUGUCUGUUAUGACCUUUACUUUCCAAUCUCUCACAUCCGACUCUGGGCCCUGCAACUCAUCCUUGUCACCUGUCCUUCCCUGUUGGUUGUUAUGCAUGUAGCCUAUCGGCAAGCCAAAUUGAAGAAACGUCUACAGAAAUCUGGGAAUCACUUCAGACCACGUUAUCCUCCAGGCAAGAAGCGUGGAGGGUUAUGGUGGACCUACCUCUUCAGUCUUCUCUUCAAAGCUACGGUGGACAUUGUGUUCCUGUUUAUCUUUUACCAUGUGUACCCAAACUACAAGCUUCCUACUCUAGUCAAAUGCUCUCUCGCACCUUGCCCUAACCUAGUUGACUGCUACAUAGCCAGGCCAACAGAAAAGAACAUCUUCACUUUGUUCAUGAUUAUUACUGCCUGUGUUUGUGUCCUACUUAGCCUCCUUGAAGCUUUCUAUCUUAUUGGGAAAAGAUGUAAGGAGAGCCUUCAGGACCGAAGUCAAAGUCACAGCAGAGAGAGUGGAGAACUGCACUUUCUCAAAAGAGACAACUGCUCCCUGUCCCCAAGUAAACAGGACACCCCCGAAAUAGAUGGGCAGAUUUUUCAUGGGUCAGAUUAUAAGCCAGUCACUUCACCUCUCAUAAGCAACUCCCAAUGUGGAGAGCCUUCAAAACUUGGGAAGCUGGAAUAAAUACACACCCAUGAGAAAAGAAGAGCUUGGGCACCAUCCCUAUUGCUCCAUUCCAAUACUAACACUUUCUGUUAAGCUGGAAAUGUGAGAAAUGGUGGCAGUUA